AUGUCUGGGAAGGCAAAGAGGAGAGAUGAAGAUGGUGCCUCCGACGCCGACUCUGAAGGCCACGCUCCGCCCAAAAAGACUUUUAAGAAAGACUCCGACGAUGAAUCCGACACUAUUAUCGUAUGCGAGAUUUCGAAGAACAGGAGGGUUUCUGUAAGGAACUGGAAUGGCAGGAUUAUGGUUGACAUUCGCGAGUUUUACCUCAAGGAUGGCAAAAAAUUGCCUGGCAAGAAAGGUAUCUCUUUGACCAUGGAUCAGUGGAAUGUCCUCCGAACUCAUGUUGAAGAAAUUGACAAAGCAGUUAGUGAGAAUUCUUAG